AGCAGAGCUAGAGCGGUUUCUCUGCAACUUCAAGAAAACGCCAUGAAACCUCGAUUUCCUCAGAAUAUUUUUUUGUUUGGUCGCUAUUCAUAUGUCCGCCGCUUCCACCAGAGUUCUCGCCGAAACUUGAGCUCUUUCAUCAACCAUAUCCGUUCCAAUCGCCGAACCUUCAGCUCUACUGGCGGUGGAAGCGGAGGAGGUGGGACCGGCGAUUCAAACGAAAACAACACUUGUAAAGGUUCUGGCUUUCGAAAACUCAAAAACGGUUAUUGUAGGCAAUGCGUUUCUCUUGCCCGGAGCAACGGUGGCUACUAUCCUUAUGCUUGGAGCUCUUCAUGGUCGCCGUCUCUAUGAAGACAAGAAGAUUGAAGAGAAACGGGAAAGGGGAAUCGAACUUGAGUUCCACCAAGAUGUUAAAGCCUCCUUCCUUGGGAUUCUGCCUCUGCGAUCCAUCUCAAGAGCAUGGGGUUCUUUGACGAGCGUGGAAAUUCCGGUCUGGAUGCGGCCGUUUGUUUAUAAAGCCUGGUCUCGAGCUUUUCAUUCAAAUCUUGAAGAAGCAGCUUUGCCUCUUGAAGAAUAUGCUUCACUACGAGAUUUCUUUGUUCGCAGCUUGAAACAAGGUUGCAGGCCUAUCGACCCCGAUCCUCGUUGUCUGGUUAGUCCUGUGGAUGGCACCGUUCUGAGGUUUGGGGAGUUAAAAGAAAGUAGAGGGAUGAUCGAGCAAGUCAAAGGACAUUCUUACUCAGUGCCGGCUCUUCUCGGAACAAACUCUCUCCUUCCCAUGGUACCUCAAGGUAAGGAUGAGUCUGAGGAAGAAGCUGCUGGAGAUAAAGGCGACAAGUCUUGGUUGAGAGUCUCUUUGGCAUCUCCAAAGUUACGGGAGAGCAUCUCAGCCAGUCCGAUGAAGGGGCUCUAUUAUUGUGUGAUAUACCUAAAACCAGGGGACUAUCAUCGAAUACACUCCCCGGCUGACUGGAAUGCAUUGGUUCGUCGUCACUUUGCAGGUAGGUUGUUUCCUGUAAACGAGCGUGCUACAAGAACGAUAAAAAAUCUCUACGUUGAAAAUGAAAGGGUUGUGCUUGAGGGGGUAUGGAAACAAGGUUUUAUGGCACUUGCUGCUGUUGGUGCGACCAACAUUGGAUCCAUUGAGCUAUUCAUCGAACCUGAACUAAGAACAAACAAGCCAAAGAAGAAGCUGUUUCCUACAGAGCCACCAGAGGAGCGGGUGUAUGAUCCGCAAGGUCAUGGUGUAAAGCUUGAGAAAGGAAAGGAGGUAGGUGUAUUCAACAUGGGAUCGACCGUGGUGCUUGUUUUCCAAGCACCAACCGCAAACUCACCAGACGGUUCAAGCAGUUCAUCAGAUUACAGAUUCUGUGUCAAACAAGGAGAAAGAGUCCGCGUUGGACAAGCAUUGGGAAGGUGGAAAGAGGGAUGAGUACAUGUCAUUAUGUACCUCAUUACAGGUUUUGCAUAUUAUGCUCAAACAUGAGUACCAAAUCACAAAUCUAUUCCUUAUAAAGUGUUUGUGCUCGUCUUUACUUUAGCCUACUCAUUAACAUGUUUUGAUGCCCAAAUCCUUA